CAGGCGGCGGCGUGCUGCGUCACUGCGCUUGCAUACGCUGUAGUCUUGACAACAAGUCUGCGAAAGCGGGGCGGCAGGAACUAAUGAGCGGGACGUUUGAAAAGCAAUCCUGGACUGUGUGCUGUGUUAUGAAAGUCGGUUGUGUCCUGCUGGGAGUUGCAGUUUUGUUGCGGGAGAAUGGCAGGCACGGACCCACGAAACCGAGAACUGAGCCUUAUGGACAAGCAGAUCUCCAGCUUGCUUGAGAUUUGCUUGAACUCCAAUCUCUAUUCCAUCAAUUUACAUUGCAAUCAAAUAUCCAAGAUUGAAGGACUUCGACACCUCUGCUACUUGCAACAUCUGGACCUUUCAUCAAAUCUCAUAACUAAGAUUGAAGGGCUUGACUCUUUGGCAUCUCUGCAGAGCCUGAAUCUGUCUUGUAACAAACUGACAAGAGUAGAAGGGUUGGAAAAGCUAUUUAAUCUCAAGAAGCUGAAUUUGUCAUAUAACAGCAUACAAGACCUUACAGGUUUAAUACCCCUUCAUGGAUGGAAUCAUAAACUGAGCCACCUGUAUCUUCAUAGUAAUUGCAUAAAUAGCAUUGAUGAAGUGCUCCAGAGUACAGUUGGAUUGAACUGCUUGCUUCAUCUUACACUGGAGCAGAAUGCAAAAGGAAACCCUGUUUGUCAUGCUUUAGGAUACAGAGAAAUAAUCCUGGAGAACUUGCCCCAGUUAAACUCCUUAGAUGGGUUAGACAGGUCUGGUGACCCAGUCACAGCACAUGAGGUGGAUUCAAUGGAUUUAGCAAAUCUGGACUUUUUGGAAUACCUUAUAACUUUUGACAGUGGGAGGAAAGAAGUGAAGGAAUCAUUGACUGGACCUGUAAAAACAGCUCGAAUUGAUGAGGUUCUAACCAAGUACCGAAAGCAUCGCGAUUCCUCAGAGGCAAUCAACUUGAAUACAGAUGGUACAUCGUCAUCUGAGCAUGAUGUUGUCCGGUUCCAAGAUAACAGCAACAUGUUGCGUGAAAUGAGAAUUAAGAAAUUGGAGGACCAGAUUUCAGAACUGCUUGUGAAGGCUUCCUGCCCAAAGUCAGAACAGACUAAACUAAAAGCAAAGCGAGAUACUGAUAUCACUACAGAGAGUGAUUCUGAAAGUACAAAGGAAAACAGAAAGGGUAGUACAACAAAAAGAACCCCUGGGUGCCAUAAAACCAGCCAGACUUCUAAGCAGCAGGCCAACCAGCAGUUGAAGGGCAGAACUUCUUACAGUGAGUUAAAACAGAAUGUAUCAAGGAAACAAUCCCUUUCCAAGAGAAAAACAGAUAUUGAGACUAGUUUGUCAUCUGGGCGAACGGACACAGACAGUACAGGACAGAUACUUGGAAAACCUCAUGCUAUAGGAGGCAGUCUAAAAAAGAAAGGGGAGCUUGUCAGAAAUUCAAUAGAGGAAUCUACAUAUAGGGCUCUUGUGCAAGAACUGGACCAAGAACGAGAAAGGAGGUGGAAGGCUGAGCAAGUUGUCCUGAAGUUAACAGAAAAUAUAAAAGAACUACAGAGCCAGGCCAAAGAAGAAAAGGGCAUUAACAGUAUGGCUGUCUAUACAACUGAUAGGAUAAAAGAACUGCUUUUAAAGGAAAAAAAUGCAAAAUCCAAACUACAGGAACUUAUUCAUCAUUUGAGAGAAGAGAAUGAAAAACUUAUGGAUGAGCUAAAGAAACUGAAAUGCAAAGAGGAAGACUAUCAAAAAGCUUAUAAAUCCAUGGAAGAUACAUUAGCUAAACUGGAAACACAAAACAUACAGAAACAGGCCCUUGAGAUGAAACAAGUCCAAGAAACUGAACGUAAGGUAUCUGCUUCCCAAAGAGAAAUAGACUUGCUCCGUGUCGCUCUUCGUCAGCAAAAAGAAAAAGUUAAUCAGCUUCAUGAAGUGCUUACGUCAAAGGAGCAAUUGCAUAGAAAGGAACUGGAAUCAAGAGUUGCACUUAAUGGGCCUGAAUUCCAGUAUGCAUUGGCUCAAGAAAUGGCCAAGGAAGAACAUCACCAUAGUCAACAAAUACAUUCAUUUCAAGAGAAGAUUAAUUUGCUGACGCAGCAGUAUGCUGACCUAGAAGAUGAGUUUCGUGCUGCUUUGAUCAUUGAAGCAGAGAGAUUUAAAGAGGUUAAAGAUGGUUUUGAUAAUGUGGCCUCAGAGUUGGCUGAGCACAAGGAGACUGUUCAUCGCUGUCGGCAAAAAGAAAAGCAAUCGGCAACUUUAAUGCAGGAGCUGACUACCAUGGUGAAGGAACAAAAAGCAAGAAUUGCAGAGAUCACCAAGGCAAAACAAGAAAUCAUAAGUGAUUUAAAAAGUAAAAUACACUCUCUGGAAAAAGUGGCUGAAGAGGGAAGACAGAAAACUGUUCAGACUGAACUUCUUAAGAAAGAAAAAUCAAAACUGAUUUCACAGCUCACUGCCCAGGAGUCAUUGAUAGAUGGAUUAAAAGCAGAGAGGAAAAUCUGGGGGCAAGAGCUAACACAACAAGGUGUGUCACUUGCCCAGGAUAGAGGAAGACUUGAAGCCAAAAUUGAAGUUCUUUCUAAUGAGAUUGAAAGUUUGAAAAAGCAGAAUGAACGUGAUGCGGACGCACUCAGGAUUAAAACCAAAAUUGUGGAUGAUCAGACAGAAACUAUAAGGAAACUGAAAGAGGGUCUGCAGGAGAGAGAUGAGCGAAUCAGAAAACUGCGAGAGGAAAACAUUGAGCUUGAAAAAGUUCUUCGAGAACAAAGUGAUGAACGUACAGCACAACUGGAAGAGCUGAAACAAAAGCUGGAAAGGCAGACUGAGAGAAAGGAGGAAGUCAAGCAACUUCUAGAGGAAAAAGAAGCUGAGCUGGAAGAUGUAAAGAAAGCUUACAGCGCAAUGAAUAAAAAGUGGCAAGAUAAAGCAGAAUUACUAAGUCAUCUUGAAACACAAGUCAGACAGAUGAAAGAGAAUUUUGAUGCCAAGGAAAAUAAGCUGAUUGAAGAGAGAGACAAAAGCCUUCAGUGUCAGAAGGUGAUCACGGAGAAGCUUCGAUCUGUGGAUGACGCAUUUCGGAGGCAGCUAGAAUCUGUGCUUUCUGCCCACCAGGCUGAGCUGAUCAAGCUGGCCAGUGACAAGCAAAAAGAAAUUGAAGCGGCAAAUGAAAGAGUUUACCAAGUGGAAGAAGAAAUGCGCCAUCUUUUAAAAGAAACCGCUAACAGUAAAAAAAUCAUGGAGGAAAAAAUAAAACGUCUUACCGGCGCUCUAAGUGACAUCCAAAAAGAAUUUUAAUUUUUUUUUUACUUUUUAUAUACAAUAAUUUAAUACUAGAAUAUUCUGUAUAUAGCUGAACCCUUCUUGAAAAAGCACUUGUCUUAUCUGCUGUUAAUCUAUUUAUAUAUGUAGGUAUAUAGAAUAUGAAUUUUGUGUCAUUUUAAAUUUUAUUCUACUGAUAUUUGCAAAAACAUGAUUUUUGAUAAUUACCGUCAUGGGUCUGACAAUAUCUGCUUUCUACAUAUAAGUGGACAUGUUAAAUAUUUGCUUUAGUCAGAUUAAUAAUAAAUACUUUUUAAUAC